UGCAAGUGAUCCUCUGAACGACUGGCCGUUCGCUCGUUCUCAUGCCCCCAGCGGCUGUCCUACUUCUCUCCUGAUGCGCGCGCGAUGUUGGAGCUCACAUAUGUCCAACCUCCGUUCAGCAUGGAUAACCUGGGUCUUGCUGCUGUCGCUAUGGCUCGCCAUGGCCCAGGGUAUGAGGGCAACUCAAAUAAAAGAGCUUAGGAAGGAGACAGAGCAGAUGUUCUAUCAUGGCUUCGAAAAUUAUAUGAAAUAUGCCUUUCCGGAAGAUGAGCUUCGUCCCCUUACCUGCAGCCCGUUGGUUCGCGACCGGGACAACCCUGCGCACUUCGAGCUCAACGACGUUUUGGGAAAUUACAGCCUUACUUUGAUUGACAGCCUGUCUACUCUAGCCAUACUUUCGUCGAGCCCUGAAGGAGGCAGUAAGGCCUGGGCCCACUUCCGGGAUGGAGUGGAAAGUCUAGUUAGGCUGUACGGUGAUGGUUCUGAGGGCCCCGCUGGUCAGGGUGAGAGGAGUCGGGGAUUCAACGUGGACAGCAAAGUUCAGGUAUUUGAAACAGUCAUCAGGGGUCUAGGUGGACUUCUCAGCGCCCAUCUUUUCGCUGUUGGUGAGCUUCCGAUCAGAGGUUACUCUCCACCAAAGGAAGAAGGUGCCUUUGCAAGGGCAUGGGAUAAAACGAAAUUUCCUAAAGAUGCGCAUGGUAUCCAAUGGGAAAAUGGCUUUGUUUACGAUGGCCAACUUUUGAGACUUGCUUCGGAUUUAGCAAACCGUAUUCUACCUGCCUUUUACACGGAUACCGGUCUUCCCUAUCCUCGUGUGAAUCUGCGGUUCGGUGUCCCAUUCUAUCAAAAUUCACCACUAAACAAGGUUACCGCUUGCGAGAAGACUGGCGAUGGCUCCUGCGGUAAGAUGCGGCAGCCGAACUUCGAGAUCACAGAAACUUGCAGCGCAGGCGCGGGCAGUUUAGUUCUCGAAUUUACAGUUCUGAGCCGGCUCACUGGGGAUGGUAGAUAUGAAGAAUUAGCGAAAAGAGCAUUUUGGGCAGUCUGGGCGAGAAGAAGCCAAAUUGGUCUGAUCGGUGCUGGCAUCGAUGCAGAAUCAGGAAGAUGGGUUCAUUCCUAUACAGGGAUUGGUGCAGGGAUCGAUAGCUUUUUUGAGUACGCAUUUAAAUCCUAUAUAUUACUGUCCUCUGGUGAACAUCCUGCUGCGGACCCCAGAAGCCCUUGGCACGUUCUUGACGAUUAUUACCCCCCAUUGGAAGAAUACGAACAUUUGCCAGAGUCCUUCUUGCGAGUCUGGCAUGAAUCAGAGGCUUCGAUUAAACGCCACUUAUACCGAGGAGAAGGAUACCAACAUCCGCACUUUGUCCAAGGAGACGUGUUUACUGGAGCGACAAGGGCUUUCUGGAUUGACAGCCUCAGCGCUUAUUAUCCAGGCCUUCUUACAUUGGCUGGAGAGAUUGAUGAUGCCGUAGAGAUCCAUCUGCUGACGACAGCAAUCUGGACUCGUUUCUCUGGCCUUCCUGAAAGAUGGAAUGUCGCCACGGGAAAUAUAGAAGGUGGUCUGUCAUGGUGGGGCGGCCGUCCUGAAUUUGUCGAAUCCACAUACUAUCUCUAUCAGGCUACCAAGGACCCAUGGUACCUCCAUGUUGGUGAGAUGGUACUCCGGGAUAUCAAACGGAGAUGUUGGACCAAAUGCGGCUGGGCUGGCCUUCAGGAUGUCCGGAGUGGAGAGCUCAAUGACCGGAUGGAGAGCUUUUUUCUUGGAGAAACCACGAAGUAUAUGUUCUUACUCUAUGAUCCAACGCAUCCUCUGAACAACAUGGAUGCACCGUUCGUCUUUUCUACGGAAGGCCACCCUCUCAUUAUCCCCGAGAGCACAAGCACGAAGGGCAAGCACUCACUUUUGAGGGUUAUUGGCGAUGGAAUUUGUCAAACAGCCCCCCUACCUCCGACAUUCGGUAUAUCAUCAACAGCAGCGCGUCGUGACCUAUUCCAUGCGGCUAGUUUGGCAAGAUUACAACACGUACCUAAUGGGCGGGAUGUUAGUGCUAAUACACUUUCGGGAUAUACCAGCGACAAACCCAGCGUGUCGUCUGGUCCCUUGUCAACAAAUAGCAUGUUUUAUCCUUGGACUUUACCUCCCGAGCUAGUGCCAUUCAACGCAACAAGCUCACCGAUGGCGGUCCGUCCUACACUUGACAUAUCUUUCCCUGCUAUCCCGGGUCUGGUUAUGGGGCCUGGGGCUCUGGAACGCGUCCGAGAUGGAGUCCUCAUCAAGACCAUUGGAGGGCUUCGAUUAAGCAUGGUUCAGGAUGUUCCCAUACAAGGCACGACAGAUGGUUCUCCAAUGGAAGCCUUUCGAAUCCAGGUGAUCAAUAACAUACCACUCGGAAAAGACGAGAAGGUAUACCUAUCGCGUGAAGUCACCCUUGAUGUCCUGGAUCCUACGGAUCCAAAUUUCACACGGGUCCGAGAUCCAACAAUGAUUGACAUCGUCAUUGAUGUUAUUCCAGAAAUUCCCCAGCGACGAAAUGACUCGGAUGAUCAUCGAGAGCAAGUUGUGGAUGAACAUGAUCGCCAUGUCAUCCGCCAGUCCGCUACAUCCCCCGAUGGCAGUAAGAUCGAAGGCGUCAACCCAGCCGCCUCCAGCAUGAGAAGCGUGCUGUUGUCGUUGAUGAACCAGCUGUCCUCGCUUAUCAGGGACGAAUUCCAGGAGGCGUCCCAGCGUAGAGCCACGGCCAUUCGCCUAACCUUACCGGCCAGCCUCUCAACUGGACUAGGCUCUGCCCCGAUCCCGGACGUCGAGGAUGCCUCCACCGUACCUACUUCAGGCAAUCAACUUAGGAGUCGUCUUCCCUGGUCGAGUGUCUAUUUCGCAGAUGAAAUAUGUGACCGUCGCGUUCCGCGCGAAGUUGCCCAGACUCACCAAGUUCUCGUCAUCAAGCGCGGUGGCUGCAGCUUCUCCCAGAAGCUGAGAAAUAUAGCCGCAUAUCCGCCUUCCCGGUCUGCGCUUAAGCUAGUCAUCGUUGUCUCAUAUGCGGAGGAAAUAUCAGCGCAACCGACCACUAACUACCCUGCUUCCAACUAUUUAUCAGCCUUUCCUUCCCCGUCUCGUCAGCUAGCUGCCGUCCACGCGGAACCAUAUCUUGUCCGGCCGCAUCUUGAUGAAACUCAGAUGACAACUGGAGGAAUUCCGCGGCGCCAUUUAAUUAACCUGGUCAUGGUAGGAGGCGGGGAGGAAACGUACCAGCUCCUCCGCCAGGCGACUUCAAUAGGCUUGAAGCGACGGUAUACUAUCCGUUCCCAAGGCAUUCCAAUCAGUAAUAUGUAUAUUGUUUAG